UUAAUCUAACAUUCGGGGACAGCAGAUCGCGUCGCAGUGGAUGUUUCAAACGUAUUUAACGGUUCAUAUUUCGGUUUGUUCUGACUCGGUUUCGGAUUCAGGUUUAACUUCAAGAUCGAGUCGAGUCGAGUCUGUAAAACGAUACAUCUGGAAUAUAUUUAAUUGGGAGAUGAUGUGGUCGUUUGGCAAGCUUCUGCUGGCCUUCGCAGUUGCAUCCACCAGUGCCGCCACCGCCAAUGCCGCCGUGGUGUUCGAUCGCACCAUAUAUUACCACAAUACGCCGCCCGAUGCCGCGGGCCACUAUCGAUUCGAGUUCCAGACGACCAACGGCAUCACCACCAAGGCGGCUGGCAACGAGAAUGGGGCCGUGGGCGUAGUCCAAUACGUCUCCCCCGAGGGCAUACCCGUGACCUUCACGUACGUGGCCGAUGCCGAUGGGUAUCGAGCUGAGGGCGAGCAUAUUCCCGCCGUGCCGCUGCAUGUGCUCCGUCAGCUGGAAUACAUUCGCACGCAUCCAGCGGUGGAUGAGCACAGGUCGAGGCGUUGGUAAGGCUAGAAAUCGGCCAUAAAGAUAAAUAUAUAUUGACUUUUGAAUAUCUGUCAAUCGCCUGGUGAAUCGGAGAUAAGCGGAGAACGCCGUUGCACAUGAGAAAUAUUUAAAUUUUGUAUUUAUGUUUAUCGUUUUCACAUGCAAAUGGGACAGACGCACAAACAACAACAAACGAGCAGCACAGCGGCAACAGAAUUAUACCAAAAUAUAUAGCAAGCAAAUAAAUAUUCUAUAAAUGUA